GUCACCUACAGUUUCCAUAGAAACAGAAGCUGUGGAUGUACUGGCCGGCCUUGUGGAUGGGGAUGCUCGAGCAGCCUUGAAUGGGCUCCAGAUGGCUGUAGAAGGUGUUCUGGCACAAGCCCCAUCUGGAGCACGUGUUGCAAGAGUCACUGUUGAUGUCAUCAAAGAAGCAUUGCAGCGCUCUCAUGUGUUGUAUGACAAAACUGGUGAGGAACAUUACAACCUGAUAUCUGCCCUCAUUAAGUCCCUGCGAGGGUCAGACGGCAGUGCUGCCCUCUACUGGAUGACACGAAUAUUGGAAGGGGGAGAGAAUCCAUUGUUUAUUGCCCGAAGGCUUGUGAUAUUUGCCAGCGAGGAUAUUGGUGUGGCUGACUCGCUGGCCUUGACCCAGGCUAUGGCCACCCACCAAGCGUGUCAGGUCAUUGGCAUGCCAGAAUGCGCUUUAAAUCUGGCACAUUGUGUGGUUUACCUGGCCAGAGCUCCAAAAUCCAAUGAGGUCUACCGAGCUUUGCAGGCGGCCAGAAGCUGCGUCAAAAAUCACCAGGGUGCUCUGCCACCAGUACCACUUCAUCUGAGAAACGCACCAACCAAGCUGAUGAAAUCUUUAGGAUAUGGCAAAGGUUACAAAUAUCCGCACGAUUAUGAGGGAGCAGUUAAUCAGGACUAUUUCCCACCAUCUUUGCUUGGGACCAACUUUUUCACCACGAGGUAG